AUGAUUACAGGCUUCGCGGAUCUGCCACAGGAGGUCAAGGAUAAGAUCUACGACUUCCUUUUCGCUGAUAUACGCGUGUCGCCUUUUAUCGCAAGUUCAGAUGAAGCGUACGACCGCGAGCGCUUUUCAACAUCCCGCCUGGGCAUGUUGUUGCUCUCUCGGUCCCAACAACCAUUCGUAUAUGCAUCACUUUGGGGAAAAGCAACCUUGUGGCUUGGAGACGAGCUUCAUCUGACAGCUUUCGCCAUUAGAGAUCGUCCACUCACUUCGAUACGUCAUGUUGUGUUGGACGUGGGCAUUUGCCUACGCCCGCCGAUGGUGCUGAUGAGCAAGGCGUUACGUUUGUUACAGAACUGCGAAUCAAUUGCUCUCAAAAUCCCUGUGGAGGGUCUCAGGACCCCGGCGGAGCACAGACGAGCCAUCCAAUUCGAGAGCUGGGAGGUUUUCUCGGAAUGCAUCGAGAAUAAGCAAGACCCUCGCACUACCGAGCUCAUUACGCCUCUCCUUAACCGAGUUGUUGGCUCCGACAGGGCUACCACCCGGACCUUUUCCUUCUGGAUCAUGGAUUUGCUUCACCAAUCCAUGAACAAAUGGAUUGAUAGCCCGCCCACAGUCUCGAUACAAUUUUUUGUGUAUUGUGGAACUGGAGAGACGUAUGACAAUGGUGUACCCGCGGCAGAACGGAUUGAUGUCAUGUUUUCGUCGAGCACAUGGACAGUAAGUGGCACCUACAAGGGCACAUCAUUUGAUGUCCCUCAGAUUUCACUCGAGCAGUUCCGCAAACGCAGACUCAUUCCACCCACAAAACUUGUAAAUCAAACGAACAUACUAAAAGAUCAUGCUGAGUACGAGAAGCCCGUCUGGAGCAGCAUCGAUAAGUACUAUUCGGAUGUGAAAGUGAGCACUGAAAUGGUGGCUGAUCUGUACCACCUGCUGGAUGUCAGUGACAUGUUCACGAAUGGCUUCGAUGAACUUCGCGCCAAUGACGGCCUAUGGGGCUGUCAAGGCAUUCACUGUGCCUGGAAAGUCGGAGUGAUACUCCUCGACCGAAAACGUUUUUCGUAUGAGAAGGCUGUAAGUUCGCAAAACGCCAGCAAAGACAUUCAAUGGGACAUCUGGCGCCGAAUCUUAGGCGCAGAAGACAAAAACGUAUUGAGCCGCCCGUGGAGAGAUGCAUAUGAUGUAUGCUCGCAGGUGUCGUCUGCCAUGCUAUGCAACCUCGACCACGAUGAAAAGUCGUUAGCAGAAGUGCGCGAGCUGUUGCACGAGACCGGUUCAUUGAACUACCAGCGGCAGAGAGCCUUCUUCUCCCGUCUGUUUGAUCCAAAGAAGCCGUGGAUGUACAGCAGGAAACCUGACAACGACCGGAUCUAG